AUGUUUAAUUUUGGUUCGAAGACGAAGAAUAAUGCGAGUUUAUUUGGACAAUCUACACCGGUGAACCAAAAUCGAAGAGAAAGCAUAUUUUCGUUUGGAAAUGCAACAGCUAUACCACCUUCCACACCUUCGUCCUCGUCGAUUCUAUUUGCUGGAACAACAUCUAUUCUCCAACCACUUUCGCCUGAAUCUACUACAUUUCCCAAAUAUCAACCUGCUAGUGGAUUACUUAAAGAUGACACUCAAAAGAAAUUGUCAGAUAACAUUCAAUCCAACGAGAAUAAAAGAUUUUCUCUUUCGUCUACAUUUACGGUCACGAGUGCAAGUGCGACAUCAACUUCGUUUUUGUUUGAUAACCAACCGGUCACUUCGUCAGCAAUGAAAUUCACAUUUGGCGAUAGUCAAUCUUCGAAGCCUUCUGCAUCAAGUGAUACGCUAACAUCAUUCACAACAACAGACGUACCUUUUCAUUUCUCAUCGUCGAAACCUGUCAUUACAAAACCAACGACGAGCACAACUCCUGUUUUAUUCUCUACGAUGAAAGCGUCGACAACAUCUGCUGUUGAUUUAAAACUAUUCCAAACAAUGAUCAAUACUCAACCUUACAACAAAGAACUAGACUUUCUUGCACGCAACCUUGAAUCCGGUGUUCAUCGUGAUCGAGCACGUCGUCUUCGUACUGAAUCAGAAUCAACAACAACAUUAUCGUUUCGUCCAAAAAACAAUCCAUUUCUAUCAAUAUUAACUAAGCCAUCUGUUUUAUCGACAAAUCCUGUUCCCGCACACAAUUCGUUAUCAUCGAAGCCAACAAAACGAAAGUUCGCUGAUUCAUUUAUUGAUGGUGACGAUGAUGACGAGUACGAGAAACAUCUAUUACUUACCAAUCCUAGUCUUUCAUCAACAACUAAAACAUCUACGCUCAAUAUAAAACGUCCACGUUUGUUAGAUAUGAAUAAAAUCCGUUCGAUUGUUCUUGGCACUAAUGAUUCAAUCAACGACGCGACAAUCUCAGAAAGUCAGUCUACAUGGAAACAAUAUUCGAACUAUGAUGAAUAUAUUUCAUCGAAGAAACCAUCACAUUGUUUGCCAAAGUUAACACUGAAAGAUUAUUAUACAAAGCCAGCUAUUGAAGAAUUACGUUCAUAUUUCAAUGAACAAGGUCAAUGUUUUGUUGAGAAAUUCACUGUCGGAAGAAAACAUUAUGGUUCUGUUACAUUUCAAGGUUCACAUAUGAACUUAGCCGGUCUUGAUCUUGAUCGAUUAGUCGAAAUUGAUCGUCGUCAAGUUACGGUUUAUCCUGAUGAAAAUGAUCGACCAGGUGAAGGUGAAGGCUUAAAUUGUCAAGCAGUAAUAUCUUUACUUGGUGUGUAUCCAAUUGAUCGUUCGAAAUCGAACAGCGGUGAAGAAAAGGCAUGA